AUGAACUAUAUGAAUUAUGGGUAUGAUCCUCAUCAGGCACUUGAAUCUGCAUUUACAAAUCUGAGGCUUGAGCAACCUCAUCCGAUGUAUGAAACUAUGGAUAGAGAUGGAACGAAGAUUCCUCUCUUAAAUUCAUCUCAGCAAACUCCUUUGAGUGCUGAUCCUCAACUGAUGCAUCCAUUGCCUACUCCGCUAUCAAACAAGUCGUCAAACUAUAUGCUUUCUCCAACCGUUAAUAAGGGUCAAAGUACGCCUACCUCUAUAGCCGCCGCCGGCCAAAAAGGUGGUAGUGGUGCUUUAACAAACCCAAGGAGUAGUAUAUGGGGUCAAAAUGCCUUGGAUGCAAAGUUUAGCAGCAAGGAAUUGGGUGUUGAUUCUACUGGUAAUGGAGAUAAUGGGGGUAGUAAUACUAACAAUAAUGUCUUGAGUGAGACUAGUACCUCUACAGCGGGAACAAUAUCAGCAUCUAAGAAUUUAAUGGAUUUUAAUACACAAGCUAGUAGUAGUAGUUUUGAUACUACUUUUGGGUCUCUAGCUAACCAUUCCAUGGAACAACAGCAACAAAAAGCAAAUAAUAACAGGAAAGACGCUAAAACAGAAUUGGAGUCAUUGAAAUUGAAAUUACAAUUCAAAGAAACUCAAAAUGAAAGUUUAGAACACGAAGUUCAAAUGUUGAAAAGUAUUUUCAAUCAAGGCUUAGAUCAUAAGCAAUCUGAAUUCAAAAAUGAAAGGCAAAAUCCUCAUGUACCACCACUGUCCCUAGAGAUCCCUGACAGUGUUGAAGAUAUGUUUAAAAAAAUGUCUAAGUCUCUGCAAAAGAAAGAUGAGGAAUUAAUUGCAGCAAAUCAAACAUUGGAGAGUAUUUUAACAGCGCUGGCGUUGAAUCCAACGAAUUCUAUGACAAAAUAUGGGAGGUAUGAUCCCGAAGCUCUUGCUCAUAAGACAGUCGUAAGAAUUGAAACUCUUACCAGGGAAAAUCAAGAAAUGUCCAAAAUGCUCGCCUAUGGCAGAUCUAAGGAGGCACAAAUUGAAUUACAGCUGAUGAAGAAGGAGAACGAGGAGUUGAAGGCGAAAGUAAUGGAAUUGCAGCAAUCCACCAUUAACCCAACCCCCUCAUCCAACUAA